UGUUCUGAAAUAGUUCUAGGGCUCAAUCGAAUUGGGAAUUUUUCUUUUUCACCUGACCGAAGACUGAAGAUGCCUCGCUACGAUGAUCGAUAUGGGAAUUCGCGUCUUUAUGUUGGUCGCUUGGCUUCACGCACCCGGACGCGUGAUCUGGACCGGAUUUUCAGCAGAUACGGGAGAGUACGAGAUGUGGACAUGAAGCGCGAGUUUGCAUUUGUUGAAUUUUAUGAUCCGCGAGAUGCUGAUGAUGCAAGAUAUAGCUUAGAUGGUAGGGAAGUUGAUGGUAGUCGUCUGAUUGUGGAGUUUGCUAAGGGGGCUCCACGUGGUUCCCGGGAAUACAUGGGCAGAGGUCCACCACCUGGAUCUGGGCGCUGCUUUAAUUGUGGUAUUGAUGGCCACUGGGCUCGUGAUUGUAAGGCUGGUGAUUGGAAGAAUAAAUGUUAUCGCUGUGGAGAAAGAGGCCAUAUUGAGAGGCAGUGCAAAAAUAGCCCAAAAGAAUUAAGGCGUGAGCGGAGUCGUUCACGUUCUCCUCGCCGCGGUAGAAGUCGUAGCCCAAGUUACAGCCGUAGCUACAGCCGAUCAAGGUCCCCACCAAGGAGAGAACGAAGCUUGGAAAGGGAUUAUAGAUCUCGGAGCCCUUCUUAUAGAAGCCGUGAUCUGAGCAUGAGUCCAGUGCCCUCAAAGGGGAGGCAGCGCAGCCUUACACCCGAGGAUGAUAGCCCUCGUGGAAGGGGUAGCCUUUCUCCUAGAAAUGGCAGCUUAGGCCCCAGAGAUGGUAGCAAAAGCCCAACCCCUAAGAGCAGAAGUCCUAGCCCUGACCGUGAGAUUGAUAGCCCUGUUCGCCCUUCUGCUAAUGGUCGUAACCCCAGCCCGAGGGAGGAUAUGAGCCCUGUUGAUGAGGACGACGAUUACAACCGCCGCUCCCCUUGAUGUUUAUGGUUUUAAGUGAUUCAAAGAAUAUUGGCCUGUUGAACAAACUUUUAAGUCUGCAAGACAUUGUUGUGAUUGUACUAUGUUGUGCUUUGUUCUGAGCAGAUUUGACUAGCUUGUUCUGUGACGUAUUUUAGAACUUAUUAAGUUUAUUGUUAUCUGUUAUUAUAUUCUCUUAUAGCAUCAAUUUUUAUUCCAACUAUUGCUGAGCAUGAAUAAAUGAUUCUUCUUC